CUACCACUGUACGUCGAAUCUUGGAAGGUAACCGCCCCGAACAGACGAACAACAAAAAUGGAGUUGUGAACUAGUAACAAGUUAGCUUCAAAGCACGUUCAGUUCAGUUUUGGUGUAAUUACUUUUACAUGAGUGGAAGUUUCCAGCUGAUUGAAGUGGCGUGAUGCAAUUAUAUCGAAGUCAUACGUAGUUAAGUCGUAAGAAGCUGUCAAACGGGUAAACGAACCAGUAUCUUGGCUACGACAAAGACAACAAGGCUUAGUUAGCUUGCUAGCUUAAACGGUAGCAUCUGCUCCUUUUCCCUCUACCGUUAGCUAGCUAGUUAACGAACGAAGAGCGUGACUCGGACAGAAAUGGAGAAGUCAGAUUUCUUGAAGGGACUACCAGUCUACAACAAGAAUAACUUCAGCAGGUUCCACGCAGACUCUGUAUGUAAAGCAUCAAACCGCCGACCAUCUGUGUAUCUUCCAACCCGGGAAUAUCCAUCAGAGCAGAUCAUUGUCACAGAGAAGACAAACAUCCUAUUGCGAUAUCUUCAUCAACAGUGGGACAAAAAGAAUUCAGCAAAAAAGCGAGAGCAGGAACAAGUAGAGGGGGGGGAGAACACGGCGCCGCCACGGAAAAUCGCCAGAACUGACAGUCGGGAACGGAAUGAGGAUUCGUGAAUUGCUGUGCUGUUGAUGCACACCCAGCAGAGACUGCCCUACACAA